AUGUUAAAGUAUUUGUACUUAUUAGAUAAUUGCUGGCUCUACAAAAGAUAGGAAUAGAAACUACUUUUGGCAAAUUAAGAAAACAAAAUAGUCUACCAAAAAGUGAUUUUGUAAUCUCAGAUGAUUGAAAAACAGUUGAACCUUAAUUGCAACUAGAAACACUAUUAAAGAAUAGAAAAAGUCAGUUUAGAUUCAUAGUUGCAUAAAAAUGAGAGAUUACUAUGUUAUCAAUGUUUGUUGAGUACAAAUUCGAAUGAAAAAAAAAUGAAUUAUAAUGCGACUGUUUAAGUGAUAGAACAAAAUUAGUAAUUAAAGAGCGAGAUACUAGAAAACUUAUUAAACACUAAUUUAGGAUAAAUAGAACAACUUUAAAGAGAUGUUUGUAUAUUUAAGAGUAAACUAAUUUAAAUGUGUGACAAAGUAGUUUCGUCUACAAAUCAAUGGGUUUCAAAUUUACAAUCCUUUGGUUAUUAAAAUGUCAAAUUCAGCAUAUUUGAUGAGAUUGAUAAUAUAAUUAAAAAUGACUAGGUGAUAUUUUAAAAUCAGCAAAAUUUAUUUUCAGAAUUAAAUUAAAUUAACUAGCAUUAUAUUGAUAAUGUUAUUAAUUAAAUAAAAAAUUUAGAUUUCAAAGAAGUGCUGAUUAGGAAUUGCGAGAAUUUAAAACUAAAUCUAAUUAACAUUAAUUUAGAAUUCGAUAAAUCCAUUUUAUAACGAUAAUAAUAACAGUAAAUUUAGGGAAGUUAUUAAACUUAAAUACGAAAUAUAGAAAAAUAGUUAAACCUCUAACCAUCUAGUGGAAUUGUAAAAAUAGUACCAAUUCAAACAUUAAAAAUGGAAAAGAAUUCGAGCAUGCCAGCUGCUUUUAAUAAUGAUGGAAAUCUAUUAAUAACCUCAGAUUAUUUAAACAAUAUAAUGGUUUGGUAUUUUGAGAAUGGAAAACAAAAUCAUAUAACAACUAUUGAGGUUGGUAAAGCCCCUAGAAGUAUUUUAUUAAGUCGACAGGGGAAUCACCUAAUCACAGGUUUGAAUGGUGGAGGAAUAUAUAUCUGGAAGCAAGUUAAUGAGAAAGAGUGGAGAAGAUCACAAUUAUAUUUGAAACAUGAGUUUUGGGUUAACAAUAUGAUAUUAAAUAAAGCCGAAGAUCAAUUAUUUACUGGAGGUGAAGAUCCUUAUAUAAAUGUGUGGGGUGUGGAUUACUUAAAUAAUGAAUUGACAUUUCUUUAUAAUUUAGAUUCAAAAACCAUUACUAUUUUUUCGUUUAGUUUUAAUGAUUCAGAAAAUCUAUUAAUAUCUUGCAGUGCUUGUGAAUACAUAAUAUGGUAGAAGCAAUAAUCACAAAAUAAAUGGGAAUAUUUAUGUAAUGAAAAGAUAGAAUCACUGUUCUAAGCCAAGUUUUUGAAAGAUAAUUGUUUCUGUCUGUUACCAAUUAAUUAGCGAAUAAAUUCCCUUUUUAUUUACUAAAUUUAUUAAGGAGCUUGUAAUCGAAUUGAAGCUUAAACAAUAAAAUUAAUCAAAGAUAAUGAUUGUGAGGAAUAUAUUAAUUUCCCAAUUCUAUACAAUAAAUUGAAAAAUAUUCUUAUUGCUAAAUCAAAGGGGUUUAUUUAUAUUAUUAGAUAAACCAAAGAUAAUGGCUUUGAAAUUGUAGACAAAAUUGUUUGUUUAAAGCAUGCAAGCAGAGGAAUACUGUCUGAUGAUGGAAAAUUUUUAAUUUUCUUUGAUAUGUCAACUUAGAGUCUAAUAUCUUAUGAGUUAUUAUAUGAAUGA